UUUAUUUACAUGGAUUAGCGGUAUCAUCGCUAGAAAUGUAGUGUAUAAGUACAUUUAAGAACUAAAUUCAUAACAAUCGGUUUGAUUUUACAAAUAUUUCAUUGUUGUAUUAAAGUGAGAGGCAUAAAAAGAGAAAGGGAACUAAAAGUGAAACAUGUACGUCUAAUAUCUCUUCAAUUCGUUUUUUUUCUCCAUUACAGAAACUGAAAAAAAACUGCACCGUGUUAACUAUACAAACACAUUAUCAACAAGCUGUGUUUCGCAUGUUGUCGUUCUUAAACUGAAAAAGGAAAAUGAAAUUAGCUAACCAACAGAAUGAAGGGAAAGGGAACGAGUUUAAGAAUGUACUGAUACUUUCAGGAGGUUUUACAGCUAUUUUCACUGCCUAUCUCGCAAUACAGAAUCUCCAGAGCAGCCUCAAUCAGAAAGAAGGAUUGGGACUUAUUUCUCUGUCAUGUAUGUAUGCGUGUAUUAUAAUUUCUGGAAUUCUAGCGCCAGCGAUCAUAAACAUCUUUGGAGAAAAGUGGACUCUAAUGAUCUCCUUUUUAAGUCACGUGAUUUAUACUGCAACCAAUUUUUAUCCAUCAUUUUCAACGCUGAUUCCCUCUUCCGUAUUAUUAGGCUUGACAGCUGGACCAAUGUGGACUUCUCAAAGCGUGUACAUUGCCGAAAUGUCAUAUUCAUACGCGGCAUCUUCCGGUAAAGACGAACAUGCCAUCCUGAGUAGAUUCAAUGGGAUUUUCUUCGCUAUGUACGAAACCACUCAAAUCACUGGGAAUUUAAUUUCGUCUUUGGUACUUCAGCAAGAUAGCUAUAAUGAAUCUGCAACCAACGAGACAGUAAAAUAUUGCGGGAAGGAAGACUGUCCCAGAGAGGUGAACGCCACUCUGAUAGAGGAGCCUGAUCGCCAUAUUGUUUUUAUUCUGCUAGGCGUGUUUCUGGCUUGUGAUGUAAUUGGUGUGUUUCUUGUUACAUGUUUUCUGCCGCCAUUGAAAAAGCAAGUAUCUAAACAAAAAUCUAGCAUUUUAAACUCUUUGACUACAUGUGGAAAAGGCUUGGUAGAUUUGAACUUAGUUCUCUUGGUGCCGCUGAUCAUGUUUAUGGCCAUGGAACAAGCCAUACUGUGGACAGAUUAUACGAAGGCAUUCAUUAGCUGUCCAAUUGGAAUUCAAAAAAUAGGAUUCGUGAUGGCGACUUAUGGCGGCUCUACAACAUUUUUCGCUCUCAGUCUCAGUAGAAUAUCAAAAUAUACCGGGCGUCAGGCGUUAUUUGCUGUGGCGGGCCUCGUUAAUCUGGGUACAUUGGUCACUCUGUACUUGUGGAUACCAAGCGCCGAUAAUGUUGCCCUCAUAUUUCUGAUGCCGGUCAUCUGGGGAAUGGCCGAAGGCAUAUGGCAAACACAAUCUAAUGCACUUGUGGCAUUUUUGUUCCCGGAGAAGAAAGAUGCAGCUUUUGCCAAUUACCAUACAUGGAAAGCUACAGGGUUUACAAUAACGUUUGUGUAUGGCAACUUCUUGUGUGUAUCAACCAAACUCAUCAUUGCUCUAACGCUUCUUGUCGUGGCAAUGACACUGUACGUAAUUGUGGAAAUACGCGUGAAACGCCAACAACGUUUUAAGCACUAAAAUAGAAGCACCAGUUCAGUCUUCCAUGCCCAGUGACACCCGGCCUGGUAAUCCAGAUCUCGAGAGUCUGUUUUUCUGUUGUAAAGACAGAUUCUAUACACAAAUUUUGUGUACGACAACUUAUUUAGUUAACAGAUCAGCCUUCGACCCAUUGUUACAUUUUGUUAUGCUAGAUAUACAUACUUUGCUAGAAAUCUAUGCCUUUGUUUAAAAUGUGGCUUUCACAUUUUCCGUUAUGAACAUAAAAUACACAUUUCUUGUUAAAAUCUAUUUUAGAUAUUUACUGUCUUUAACAUUUUUCAAAGGUUUGAAUAUUGCUGAAUAUACUAAAAUGUUUUA